AUGCCACAAAAUUCCAUGUUUAAGGUAGAACUGUUUGAUGUGUGGGGUAUUGAUUUUAUGGGACCGUUUCCACCAUCAUUUGGAAAUAAUUACAUCUUGGUGGCGGUCGAUUAUGUGUCCAAGUGGGUAGAAGCUAUAGCAUUAGCCACAAAUGAUGCUAAAGUAGUUGUGAGUUUUCUCAGACACAAUAUCUUCUCCCGGUUUAGGGUACCGAGAGCUUUGAUUAAUGAUGAAGGCACUCACUUCCUGAAUAAGCUUAUGGAGAAUUUGUUAAGAAAGUACAAUGUGAAGCACAAAAUUGCAACACCUUAUCACCCUCAGACGAGUGGACAGGUGGAAGUUUCUACCAGGCAGAUUAAGCAUAUAUUGGAAAAGACUGUUAGUGCUUCUAGGAAAUACUGGGUUGUGAAAUUGGAUGAUGGGCUCUGGGCUUACAGGACAGCAUUCAAAACACCUAUAGGUAUGUCUCCUUAUCAACUUGUUUAUGGUAAAGCUUGCCAUUUGCCGCUCGAACUCGAGCACAAGGCAUUUUGGGCCACCAAAUUCUUAAAUCUCGAUUCCAAAAAAGCUGAUGGUUCUCGAAUUCUCCAACUCCAUGAGUUAGAAGAAUUUAGGAACUAUGCUUAUGAGAAUGCCAAAAUAUAUAAAGAAAACACAAAAAAAUGGCAUGAUCAGAGGAUCGAGAAGAAAUAA